AUGUCGACAGACGGAGAAACGCGCAAGCUAGCGUUUAUCCUAGCGCCUCUGUUGCGAACAGGCCAGUGGCAACUUGCGCUGAGAACUGCUCCGCGUUGCCGGCUGCGCGCUGGCGGCUGGAAGCGUUCGGCGGGACGGGGUGCACUCCGUGCGAGUCUCAGUCCUGAGUCUAGCGCAUCCGAAAGCGGAGGCUCAACGCGUAAUGGUUCGCAGGGAACCGAGGGUCUGCUGCAAGACAAAUCAACGGACGGGACGGGGGCGCAGCCGGCCACCGACCUGAGCCCCGCAGAGGCUGAACAGCUGCGCAAGAAGCAGGAAGCGGACGCGCUGCGUGCAGCAGAACGCUUCAUGGAACGAGACGAGGGCAACUUUGCGUGCACCUCUUGCGGCUAUGUCUAUACGCCCCAGACUGGGGAGACGUUUCUAGGUAUACCGCCGGGCACGCAGUUUGAGGAUAUCGAUGCGGGAACGUUCCGUUGUCCCGUGUGCCGCUCGCCAAAGAGCGCGUUCCAGCCGGCACGAACAGUGGUCGCAGGUUUUGCGGUCAAUCAGAAAUAUGGAAUCGGUGCGAAUGCGCUGACGCCGGCGCAGAAAAAUGCGCUCAUAUUCGGGGGACUUUUCGCCGCCUUUCUCUUGUUGCUUUCGGGCUAUCUGAUGAGCUGA